AUGAAGGUGUUCCCUAAGAGGGGCAAUGAUAGGAACUACCUCAUCAUCGCAGUGACGAUCCUGCUGAGCCUCGUAUCCGUAAUACAGAUAAAGGCUCCCUCGGUCCAUCGAACAGUCAAGCAACAGGAACGUAACACAACGCUGCCUACCUCCAAGAGUCUAGUAGACGUGCGACCGGAGCGCUGCGACAACCAGACCUACUCGUUGCACGGGCCGGGACCGGUAAAGGAAAUGUACAGUGGCGGCUGGGCGGUCCGCCACCUCUGUAGCCAACCUCUCGACACUCUGUUCUUCGUGUACACGGCGCGGAAGAAUUGGAAGCUCCGUGUCCACUUGCGCGCCACUCUGUUCGAAGAGGCUGCACGCACCGCUUUCAACUGGACGGGCGUGUUCUUCGUUGAAGAACACGAUGACCCCAUGGUGAACCUCUGGACGAAACUCGAAGUCGAGGCCGUCGGGGACGUCGUGAUGCUGCCCUACAGCGACACCUACGUUUCCAUUACCCACAAGUACGUAGGCGGCAUGCGAUGGGUGACAGAGAACUGUCCCAACGUGCGCACCAUCAUUAAGAUCGACGACGACAUCGGUGUACAGCCGUUCGAGCUUCGGCGAUACCUGGACGAGAAGCUGCCACCGAAGAACAACUCGAUACACUGCGCCGUGUGGGUGAACACGGACGUAAACCGUAACCUUUCGAGCACGUACCACAUCUCGGAAGACGACCUCGCCAAAGACAGGUAUCCUCUUUACUGUUCUGGUCAUUACAUGAUCAUGACGAUGGACAUAAUGCGGAAACUGUACAGGGUCUCCAAGUUUACCAAAGGUCACACCAUCGACGACGCCUACGUCAGCGGAUAUCUCGCCAUGUUCGCCAGCAUUGGACACGAGAAUUUUAGCUCAAGUGUCACCUUGGAUUCCGGGGACAAGACUUUACGCUUGCUCAAGGGAGAAUUGAUCUUCACACACGAGUAUUUUGUCUACGAAAACUCGGUUGGCCGCAGAGUGCAGUGGGGACUGAUGCUCUGGUGGCAUUUAAUGGAUGCUCCUGGCACAUUCAGCUUCUCCGACCGACUUGCGGACAAGCUGUACCGACUCGAUUUUAUUGAGACACGGCGCGCCCUAGAGGAGGGAUGGUACCUGCCACACCCCGACUAUUCUUUUUCUAGGCGUCCACGCCGCUUGGCACGAGUAAGUGCCGAGAAGAAUAGAAUCAUAAACCGGAGCCGCAUAGCUGCGCCACUAUAG